AUGGCUAAGCAGCAAAAGGCUUUAGAUUUUGUGAACUUGACCCAAGGAAACAUGACAGUUGAUCAAUAUGCUGCUCGUUUUAUGGAGAUGGGGAGAUUCGUACCUCAUCUGAUUACUUCGAUAGCAGAGGCGAAGCAAAGGAGACUAAUUGCACAAGCCCAAGCCAAUAGGAAGAGAGGAUUGCCUUACUCACCAGGAGGUAGUGCGGGAAAAUGGAAGGCCCCUGCAAACCCAAACAAAGGAAAGGGCAUGGUAGUCGGGAACGCAACACCAUUCACUCCUCCACUAUGUCGACAGUGUGGGAAAAGGCACAGUGGAGAAUGUCGAUUAGCUACAGGAGCAUGUUUCAAAUGUGGUCAGGCCAGCCAUAUGACCUUGGAUUGUCCACAGAUUAAGCCUAAAGGAGCCUCAACACCAAGUGGUAGACCAAAGACCUCUACAAAAGCCAAGGUCUAUGCUAUUACGCUAGGAGAGGUAGACCUGGAGACUGACGAGAUGGCAAAUGCAGGAGUAAUUGCUGGUAAGGUUAAAUUGAAGCAAUACAGUUGUGUGCAACGAUGUGAACUUGGGGUAGAGCUAAUGUCUCAAAAAGUAUUAGUAGCUAUUCCAGACGGGAGGAAUGGACUGGUUGUUAAGGCACUAUACCAAGAUAGACUGUCGAAGGCGGGAAGUAGUAUUGAUCUACCUGCUAAAGAAAGAAUCUGUUAUAUGGGUGAGACUGUUCGGCUGGACCCAUCAAUGGUAACGAUUGAACAAGUCAGGAAGGGUUUAAUGAGUGGGGAUGUCGCUUAUCUCGUGAUGAUGGUGAUCAUAAUAGAGGAACCUAAGGGAAUCCAAGGAAUCCCUGUGGUUGAGGAUUUUCCUAGAGUUUUUGCCGAUGAUUUGCCUGGAUUACCCCCGUAUCGAGAAACAUAA